AUGGCUCCCAAAUACAAGGACAAGGACGGCGGCGUCGUCCUGACCUUUAAUGGCCAGUGGAUCAGUUGGUCGCACACCGUCAUCGCCUAUACUGCCUUUCUCAGCGCCUUGAUUGUCGGUGUCGCGCUUCACUACCACAAGAUUGUCGAAAAUGAAUUCUACCGCUACCCUGACGAAUGGUUCCCCUCCGUCUCCGCCACCAUUGGCGAUCGCUACCCUGAGCGAUCUUUUUUCAUGAUCUUUAUUGCCAUCACCUCUGGUCCUCGUUUCGCCCUCGUUGGCCUGUGGUACCUCCUCACCCGGAAGCCCGACACCAAGCUACCAGGCUUCGUCGCGACCAUGGGUGUCUUGCGCACUCUGACAUGCGGUGGCUGGACUUACAUCACCUCGACCGAUGACCACGACUGGCACGACAUUCUCAUGAUCUCUUACAUUGUCGCCACCUUGCCCUGGACGACUGGCUGUGUUGCUCUCAGCCCCAACAACCCUACGGCGAUCAAGUAUCGCAAGUACCUUGCCACCGCCUUUUUCGGAACCCUGGUGCCUCUGGUUUACUUUUUUAUUCAGCACAAGGUUCACCGUGUUGCUGGAGCUUACACCAUCUAUGCUUUCUUCGAAUGGGCUCUGAUCCUCUUCGACGUUGGCUUCGACGCCGUCACUGCUCUUGACUUCAAAACGUUUGAGAUUGUCGUCCGCGACGUCCAGGGCGCAAGCAAGGGUGACAAUCAUUCUGUCCCAUCUGCCGUUUUGGAAAAGGAACAGAAGCAGCCUCUUGAUAGUGUAUUUGCCCUACACCUCACCUGGACCGAGGCCCUGGACACGGCUGCUGAUAUUUACCACGGCUUUAUCUUCUGGUCCAUGCUUACUAGUCUUGGUCUUCUCGUUUGGUACUUCCCUCUCUGGCACAUGGGCAUCUCUGGCUACGAAGCCUUUGUCAUGUCCACUAUCUCUCCUUUCCUGCUGUGCAUCGGACCCCUUCGCUCAUUCGUUGUCAACAACUUACGCAUUGUCCACCUGCUGUCGCUCUCGGGUGUGGGUGCUUACCUCGUUGUCGACCCCGUCUAUCGCCUUUCCACCGUCGGCUUCGCCGUUGCCAUGAGCUGCCUCGGCUGGGUCGGCACCCUGUCCUCCGAGUCAAUCCAUGAGGCUCGCUUUGAGUCUAAGGUCCUCGGUCUACUAGUUGGUCUGAUCCUCUCGGCGACUGCCAAGUUUGCAUGGUCGACCAACAACCCCAUCUGGCCGAUUAUGCACGCCGCCAACGGCGGCUGGAACGGCACUGGUCUGGUGCUCGGUCUCUUGGCCGCACUCCGCUUCACUCGCCGUGCUCCAUUGUCCAGCGGCUCGGUCCCUGAUAAGAUGCCUGGCUCGGUAUUCCUAUCUGCCUGCGGUAUUGGCGGUGUGUUCUUUGCUCUGCACUCCCUCCUCUCUGACACCAGUACCAUGAUUUUGUGGGUCUGGGAAGGCUUCCCUGUCCGUGGCCCUUACUUUUCCACUCACGGGUGGUUUACGCUAGGCGCCAUGUCAGUCGGUGUUUUUAUCGGGAUUUCGCGCCCGAACCUGGCUGGCAGCUGGUUGACCUUUGGUAUCGGCUCUCUUGGGGCCUAUUUCUUGACGCUCUACAGCCACUGGGCGGGUUACUACGGUGGUCUUACUCUGGCUGUCUACAUCAUGGCUGCAGCAGUGCCGCUCCUCUCCUCUGCCUCCAAGAAGAGUCCAGCCGUUACAUUCGGUCUUGGUUUCCUCAUCUAUAACUUCAUGGUUCUUUUCCACGUCUGGGUCGUCGCAUAUGCGUUCGUUCCCGGCGGUCCCCUUGUGCGUGAGCACACCGACUGGGUCAUGCUGACGAUGAUGAUUCUCGUCGGAGCGGGUGUUCUCAACUACAACAGCUCCAGGCCCAAGCGUGCCGCUCCUCGCCGUUCCUCUCCCUCGCAGCACAGAAAGUACAACGUGCUGUCUACUGUUAUUAUCAACAUUCUCUUCCUCUGUGCCACCUUUGUGCGCUUCCCCACCAAUGACUACAAGCCAUAUCAUGGCCAAGACCGCGUGCUUACCGCCGGUAUCUGGACCAUCCAUUUCUCCCUCGACAACGACAUGUGGUCCUCAGAGUACCGCAUCCGCGAUCUGAUCAAGGAUAUGGAGCUUGACGUCGUUGGUCUACUCGAGUCUGAUCUGCAGCGGAUCAUCAUGGGCAACCGCGAUUCCACCCAAUUCUUGGCCGAGGACCUGGGCAUGUACGUGGACUUUGGGCCCGGCCCCAAUAAGCACACCUGGGGCGCUGCUCUGCUGUCCAAGUUCCCCAUUGUCGAGUCGAAGCAUCACCUGCUGCCCAGUCCGGUUGGUGAGCUUGCGCCUGCCAUCCACGCCACCCUUGACGUGUACGGCGAGCUUGUGGACGUCUUUGUUUUCCACUCUGGACAAGAGGAAGAUCCUGAGGAUCGUCGCCUGCAGUCUGAGUACCUUGCCAAGCUCAUGGGCUCGACGCCGCGCCCGGCGAUUCUCCUCAGCUACCUCGUCACCAACCCUCUACAGGGCAACUACAACACAUACGUCAGUAAAACGUCUGGCAUGCACGACGUCGACCCGUCUGACUGGGACCGCUGGUGCGAGUAUAUUCUGUUCAAGCGCCUGAAGCGCGUCGGGUACGCCCGUGUUAGCCGCAGCACGAUUACCGAUACCGAAUUGCAGGUGGCCAAGUUUGUCAUUCCGCAGUCCGAGUCAGAGAUUCGCCAGAUUGAGGACAUUUCCGACGAGGAGCGUAACCGGCGGGCGGAGGAGAGCGCGGUGCCGGCGGGAUGGAGAUUCCCAGCCAGGUUCCGGGGCAACGGUGUGCGCGACCACCGGUACCAUGUAUUCGAUGAGCCCAGAUACUACAACUAA